AUGAGGCACUCGGAGUCACAAGAAAGACAAAGUCGUGUCAACUCCGAAGAAAACGACCAAAAUGCCGUGUUGCAUGCGCCGAAGAAGGCAAAAAGAGCGAAAUACGCCUCGAAAGCUUGCACCCAGUGCAAAAGGCGGAAAAUCAAAUGCGAUGGUGAUGCACCAUGCCAAUCUUGCAUUGCCAAGGGACAGAGGUGUGAGCGAACUGGGACUGAUAUGCGUGGGAAAUGGAGAAAUACAGAUCGCGCUAGCGGCACAACUGAUGAUUCUGCUUCACGAGUAAAUAAAAUUGAACACCAGCUCAGUGCGAUAAGAGACCCGAAACUCCAACCUCGCGAGACAUUGUCAGGUCAAAGUGAUCUCGACCAAACAGAGACCCGACGCGAGGUAAUUGACUCCAGAGGAGGGCGGAUAUCCCGUUCUGACUCCGAUUCACACUCUGCCCAAGUACCGACGUUCUCUGGGGAGACAUCCAUCACACAUAACCUGAUAGUUGUUGAGAGUCGCCUGGAGCAAAUGGGUGUCCAGUAUGCGCGGCUUCAAUCCGCAUCGCCCGGUCGCGAAUUUAGGUCUUGCCUGACGCCGUCUCCAGACAAUCCGCCCAGGCGCCAUCCAGAGAUGAAAACAAGUUUCCUCAACCAGGUCUUGAAUACCCAUGGGCUGGUCCCCGACCGAGAGCAAUGGGAUGGACUUUUGCGCACCUUUUGCGAUGAAGUUCAUAUACUUGUGCCAUUUCUUCACUUGCAUAGCAUCUGGGAAUUAUAUGAGGAAAUGUGGAAGAACUCAAUAGGGGACCAGCCCUGUAACAACGAACGGCACCGACAUGGUGCCGUUCGUGUUCAUAAUGCUCACAUUUUGCUAUGCCUUGCUAAUGGGAGAUGCGUCGAGUCCUCGCACAUUAAGGGUGACGAGGGGCGAUAUUCUGCAGGCUGGAGCUUGUAUAACGCAGCCCGAGAUAUGUUCGGAGAUCUUCUUAAUGGAUUCAGUCAGUGCACGGAUCAGAUUUUCGUGCUCCAAACGGUUCUCCUGAUGGUUGUUUAUCUUUUUCGCAUCGAUGCCCAUGGGCCUGCUGAAAAGGUACUUGCUCUCUCGAUAUCCCAUGCGCAUCACCUUGGUCUCCACAGGAACCGAGUUGUAGAGUCCAUGGCAUCUUUUGAGAGCGAGAUGUCUCGUCGCUUAUGGUGGUGCCUCUAUCUUUUGGAUAGAAGACUCGCUAUAGAAACUGGACGCCCUUUUCUUAUCCAAGAUGUCAACGUUGAUGUAGGCUAUCCACGCAAUGUGGACGAUGAGUGGCUCACAAGAUCUCAAAAAACGUCAGGGGAACACAACAUGGACGAAUCAAUCGCUGAGCCUGAGAUGGCUCCAGUACCCUACUUGAUUGCCAUGGCAAAUUAUUCGAAGGUAGUAGGCAAAGUAUGGGAAGCUCUUUAUGGUGCCGCCACGUCAGAAUCAACCCCAAGCCCUCUUCUUAAUGAGUAUCUAGAGCAUCUCAUUACCCAAUCGCAAAGAGGAACUCACCCAGAGUUUUCUUAUGACCCGCAGAAUCCUGGGAAUGUCAGAACUAAUGGACUGCCCUGGUGGCAGAUCAAACAAAAAUUUAUCAUGAGAAUCAGGUGGUCUUCCUUGUAUCUGUUGAUUCGAAAACCAAUGCUUCAAAGGUCCUGCACGCCCAAUCAGCCAGUGCCAGAGGCCAUUGAAAAUGAGGUUAUCUGUAUGCGCGUGGCGCAGAGCAUAUUCGACGACUUCAACAGCAUGCCAGAACAGCAUCCGAAAUAUACCUUUCCUUUCCUGCACUACCUGACCAACGCAACUAUCAUCGCUUUGGGACUUCUUAUCAAGCAACCUUCAUUUAAGAGGGCAUAUGGCCAACUUACCCUGAAAGCUGCACGUUCGCUAUGGGACCACUGUCGGAAAACUUGGGUGUCAGGAAGAAUGGCACGGACCGUUUGGAGACUGAAUAAGAUGGCCGAUGCAACGAUCAGUCAUCCCCGUGAACGACUGCAGGAUAGAACCCGUGGUGUUCUUUGUCAUAAUAAGGAUCAGUCUGUUAUGAAUGGGUUAUCACAUUCCCCAUCGCCGACAGUCCCAGGCGCUGCAUCCACGCCCUCUAGAUUAGGAUCUAUAGGUGAAGCACAAGAUCUCUUCACUACAGCCAGGCGCAAAAGGAAUGGCUCUAAGAAUAUUCAAUGCGUUGAUGGGCCUUCGGCUACGCGUACAAGCGAUGCUAUUGGAUUCGAUCAACCCAUCGACACUGACCCUGGGUUUAAACGGCACUGCCGCCAACCGAACUCCAGCAAUGCGCGAAAUUCAGAGACAUCAUCGAUUGCAGAGAACAUUCGAUACAAAGAGGCUGAUUCAAGGCAUGUAGACCAUGCUGUGUCAGAAGCAGAUGUUCACAAUGACCGAAGUCAUUUCGAAAUGGCACCGGCGCACCCUUUUGAGACUAUCCAGAUGGCACAGGAUGAAUUGGAUGUGGAUAUAUCAUUUCCAGGUGAGAUGAUAGAUGGAGGAAUGGAGUGGUUGCAAUCGCUGUUUGUGAAUGGUCUAGAUACUCAUCUUCCUCCGGUGUGGGAUUGA